AUGGCUAUUAAAAGAAAAGAUUUUCAGAAGACUUCAUCAACUAUACUUGAAUUUUUGCUUAAAUUACCCGAUGAAGAAACCAGUUCACGCUUACGUGAUACCUUAUUACAUGGUCUUCAUUUCUUACAACAAUAUUAUUUAAUAUUACAAAAACGUGACAAAGAACAAAAACCAUUACAAUGGACUAUUGAACGUGGUCUAAGUCCGCUGACACCAUUUCGCGAAGCUCCUGAUAAAUUUGAAUGGCCAUGGAUUGACGUCGAAUCAAAUAAAGUCAAACAAAUUCUUCCGAGACAUUCUCUCAGUAGUUUUCUGAACUUAUCACCAAUAAUCGUUGCUGUUCGCGAAGGCGAUUUACGAUAUGUCAAAGAAUUAUUGAAUUCCGACUCAGAACUUAUCGAUUGUGUGGAUUCAUUCGGAAGGGAUUUAUUGACUUACGCUGUUCAAUAUCAACAAAUUCAUAUUCUACGUUAUUUAUUAAAUGAAUGUAAAGCAUCAGUAAAAGUGAAUUUACAAGCGAAUGAUGGUUCAACUUGUUUACAUCGUGCCUGUUAUCCUGACGAUGGACAACAUUGUAAUAUUGAAAUAGUAAAAAUUUUAUUGGAGAAUAGUGCUGAUGUGACCAAACAAGAUGUUCACUUACGUUCACCGUUACAUUGGGCUGUUUUAGCUGAGAAUACCGAUUGUUUGCGACUCUUAAUUGACUAUAAUAUCGAUAUUCAUAUCAAAGAUAUCGAUGGAAUGACAGCAGCUAUGUGGGCAUGUCAUCUCGAUCGUCACGAACAUUUCCAAGUACUAUCUCGAUAUAUGGAUGAUGUUAUUGAAACCGAUAAUGAUGGUCGAACGUGGAUUCAUCAUAGUGUUAGGAAAACGGAACCAUUAGAAUGUUUAAAAUCGUUGUUGUCACCAGAUUCGAUAUUCUAUCGUGACAACGAUGGACGAACAUGUUUGCACGUCGCUGCUGAACAAGGUUCUGUUCUUGCUUGUCGUCUGAUUUUCGAGACGAGUGACAAAACAUCGCAACGUACAAGUUAUGUUCACGAUGGAGAUAAAUCUCGGCAAACUCCACUUCACUUAGGCACAAAGAAUGGUCAUGCGCGUAUGUUGAAAGAACUUUUGGAUCAUGGAGCCGAUCCACAUUUGCCUGAUAUUCAAGGCAUUUCCUCAUUUGAUUAUGCCCAAAACCGCGGUCUUUACUUUUGUCGGAGUGUCUUUGAAGUUUAUUUACGUGAGAAAAACUCACAAAGUCGAUCGUCAACUAUGCAAAGUUUUGUUGUGAAUAACACAAUGAAAUCUAAUGGUCAUGAUAUAGCUCCAACGCCACCAGUAAAUGGCCAUGCCACGUUUAUCCGUCGUAAUGGCCCUCGUUCAUUAAAUGAAUCCACGUUAAUACAUAAAUCUGGAUCGCAAAGUCUCUCUAAUGAACAAUUUGUUCAGUCAAUGAAUUUCUCAACAUUUCGCAUGAAUGACGAUGACGAUAAUAAUCAUCACGACGAGACUAAUCAACAACGCCUUCGCUCACUAUCGUCAGCAACUAAUGCAUCAUCACUUGCACCACCCAUCAAACCUCGAAAAAGCACAACAACGCCGAACAGCUCGGUAGUUAAUAUGUCAAAACCACAAAUCAAUCACGUCUAUUCUGAAGACGAUGACGAUGACGAAGACGAAGGUAACAGUCUCGAAGGUCACAAUAGCGAGGAUGAGCAUUCAUUUCGACAAUAUGAACGACCGAACUCCCGUUUGUCUCUACGUCACAAUGAUGAUCGAUCGAAUGGGACGACGCGUCGUCCAGUUUACAAGCCCGGCAAGCAAUCGAAUAAAGACUUUGCACACGACGAUUAUCGAGCCCUUGAUGAUCAAAUCCAGUCGGCUUUUACCAACGUUUCGAAGCAAUCGGCUCGUUCACCGAACAAUAAAGAUUUUCUUCAACCAUCAAUCAAUCGAAUUGGUUCAAGCAAUGGAAACCAAUCACUUACCAAUCGACUUAAAUCAGGUUCAAAAUCGAGUUCGGUUGAAUCCAUUCCAACACUCGAUCUCACUGUUGCUGGCCAGAAAGUCUUUCGAAAAAAACAACCACCACCAGGUGAAGCUUAUUUUUCCACUUCACUAUCGUCCACAAAUUCUACGCGACCACCAAGUGGCCGAUUAAAACCGAUUCACAGUGCCAAAUCUUCAUCGUCGUACACCGACGAGUAUUCCACAAGCUUGUCAACUAAAACUUUAGAGGAUGUAACAAAUAAUACGAAACAAUCACCAACCAAAUCUCAUCUUUACAAAAAGAAAUUAGCACCAUUAACCAACGGAGUCGAUGGAAUGAAUAAAAAAUACUCUUACCGUCCUGUACCCGAACAAUUUCAAUAUGUCGAUGAUAUUUCGUCGGAUAAAUCCGAAGAAACAAGUGCUGGAGGUGAUCAUGAUAUGAAAUCACUAUUGAAUAAUAAUGAUAAACGCUCAAAAUUACAAUGA